AUGCCUCAGCGUCGGAAAUUUAUUAACAAAAAGAAAGCAAUAACAUUUCAAUUAGUUCAUCGCAGUCAACACGAUCCAUUAAUUGCUGAUGAUGCUGCCGGUGAACACGUACUCGUCCCUUUGAAUAAUGAUCAAAGAAAAGUUGAGCAACGUAAAUACGGAAUUGAUUAUGAUGAUGAUUAUGACUAUUUACAACAUUUACGUGAUCCAUGUGCACCACCAGAAGAAUAUUCUGUUCAUGUUAAUGGAAAAAAACAUGAAGUUGAAGAAGAAGAAGAAGAAGGAGAAGAAGACGAUGAUCAAUAUGAAGAUGAAGAUGAUGAUGAUGAUGAAGAUGAAAUUAUGAACAAUAAUGAUAAACUCAUGUCACGUUUCAAUCUUCCGUCAACUGUAUUCGAAAGUAAAACAACAAACGAAAUCGGAAUGUUGAAUCUUGCUGCACCAGAUUCCGAUCCGAAAAUUCAUUGGGAUCCUGAUGUCAUCGCUGCACUUGAUGACGAUGAAUUCGAUUAUGAUGAUGAUGAAAAUGCUCUUGACGACGAUUUUAUGUUAAAAGCUAAUGGAACUCAACCUCUCGACGCAAAUGAAUGUGAUGAAUUCGAAGAUGAAAUCGUUCAUGAAAAUCUUCCGACAACUAUUCCACCUCGAUUCGUUCCAAAGACAAACAAGCCGAUUCCUCUCGCAUUGCGUCGUUUCCUCGACGUUGACGAUGACGACGACAAUGAUCACGACGCCGAUAUGGAAUCCAAUUAUUCACAUGAUGAUAACGAUAAACAAACAUCAAAGACUAAAUAUACAAAUUAUUCGAUGACAUCGUCAGUGAUUCGAAGAAAUCAAGGUUUACAAAACAUUGAUGAUCAUUUCGAUAAAGUUUUCGAUGAAUAUGACGAUGGGGAAAUCGGAGCUUUGGAUACGCAUGAAAUUAACCAGCAGGGUGCUUCGAUGGACGAUGAUGUCGUCAAACAAACCGUUCAACAAUUUGAAAAACAACAAAUGCAAACAGACGAACAAGUCGAACGAAUUGCGAUGGAAAAGACUAAACGAUUAGCACGACGACUGAUGAACGAACCGGAAAGAGUGACAACGGUUGUUCUUCAAGAUGAUGAAAAAGCAGAUGAGAAAUGGGACUGUGAAUCGAUUCUUUCAACUUAUUCAAACGCUUAUAAUCAUCCGAAGCUAAUUACACAAAUUCCAACAAAUAAAAUUCGGUUAUCAAAGAAAACUGGUUUACCAUUAGCGGAUAAUAAUAAAAUCUCAACAAAAGAACUAACAAGAGAACAAGACAAGAGUGAUGAAGAAGAAAGUGAUGAAGAUAAUACCAAAACAAUGCUGUUCGAACGAAAGAAAGGCGAAACAAGUGAAGAACGUCGAGCCAGAAAACACGCUGUAAAAGAAAUGAGAAGGGAUCGGCGAGUGAUAAAGAAAGCAACGAAGAUCGCUUUCAAACAAGAAGAACAAAAACAAUUGCACGAACAAGCUUUGAAUACGACUCAGGCACAUCUUCAAAGUCUUCGUGUUACUUAA